CUUGACGUAUACAUGUAGCGCCAGCCCCAGAGUAGUUGUUGACAUAUAUAGCAAAAGUGUAGGAUAGUGGAGUGAAACGACUGUGGGUAUCUACUUAUGUUUUUGACAGCGACUGGCGGCGCUAUUAGAACAACAAUAUCGUCGUCAGAUACGUCGCCAUUCGCCCCUACUGGCUUAUUUAGCCACACAGAAGGACUACAAUGCUGUGUUGGGGCAAUGCUUCCUAUGGACAGCUGGGUCUGGGUGGCAUUGAUGAAGAGAUAGUUGUUGAACCAAGGAAAUGUGACUUUUUCCAUGGGAAGGAAGUGCGUGAUGUGGGCUGUGGACGCAAGCACACCGUUUUCCUGUUGGAUGAUGGCACUGUCUACACUUGUGGCUGCAAUGAUCUGGGUCAGCUGGGCCAUGAGAAGUCCAGGAAGAAACCAGAACAGGUUGUGGCUCUUGAUGCUCAGAUCAUAACAGCAGUGUCUUGUGGAGAGUCGCAUACACUUGCCUUGAAUGACAACGGGCAGGUUUUCUCAUGGGGCCUGGGCUCUGAUGGCCAGCUGGGCUUAAAUAACUUUGAGGAAUGUGUUCGUGUGCCUAGAAACAUCAAGACUUUGAGUGAUGUUCAAAUCGCUCAGGUAGCCUGUGGUUACUGGCACUCCCUUGCACUUUCAAAAGCGGGCCAGGUUUUCUCCUGGGGUCAAAAUCGAUAUGGGCAACUUGGGCUGGGAGCAAAUGGACAAAGCAUUUCCACCCCCCAAAUCAUUCAGUCUCUGCAGGGUGUUCCUUUUGCUCAGAUAUCAGCAGGUGGAGCUCACAGCUUUGCCCUCACUAUCUCAGGAGCCGUGUUUGGUUGGGGGCGGAACAAGUUUGGUCAGCUGGGUCUCAAUGACAGCAAUGACCGAUGUUUUCCAACCCUACUGAAGUCACUUAGAUCGCAGAGAGUAAUUUUCAUCUCCUGUGGAGAAGAUCACACAGCAGCUCUGACCAAGGAAGGAGGCGUCUUUACAUUCGGAGCAGGAGGAUAUGGCCAGCUGGGGCAUAACUCUACAAACCAUGAAAUCAAUCCAAGGAAAGUGUUUGAGCUUAUGGGAAAUGUAGUCACACAAAUUGCAUGUGGAAGGCAGCACACGUUGGCUUUCACACCCUCGUGCGAAAAGAUGGACUCAUUUGGUCUUGGAGGUAAUGGACAACUUGGAACACGGUCUACCUGCAACAGAAAAAGCCCUGGCCCCGUCAAAGGCCCCUGGAUACCCUCCAGUAGUCCCGAUGAUACAUGUAUGCAUCAGAGUGUUUGUGUGAAGAGGAUUUAUGCUGGAGGAGACCAAAGCUUUGCUCACUACUGUACUGCCAAUAACCUGCAAAACAUUGAUAAUGUGUCAAUACCAGACCCCCAGCCAAGAGUUUGUACCUUGAAUGAGGAAACGAUACAAAAAUGGCUAGACCACUCACCAGGAAGACUCCCACAAGAAAUCACCAAUGAGAUAGACCUGGUAUUUUCAUCAGCAAGCUGCCUCAAUGGAUCCUUCUUAUCUACAAGUCAUCCAGAUCACUACUGUACCAGCAGUAAAUGGUCAGGGACAGAUAUGAACAUGGCCCGUCUCCUGUUUCACAGACUGAUUACACAAGAUCACCCUGAGAUUGCUCAACAGAUUGCUGCUAGUAUGGAGAAGCACCUUAUUCCCAGACUGAGCAACUCCCCUCCAGACAUAGAAGCACUGAGACUCUACCUCACUCUUCCAGAAUGCCCUCUCUUCAGUGAUCCAAACAAUUAUGUGACAAUCACUAUCCCGUUUGCAAAAUCACUCCUCAGCCUGAAAGAAGCUCCUCUGAAGGUACUCGGAAAGUGGUGGUCUACUUUAGAACCCCCAGUCUUCCAGCGGCUGGUAGAGCUGUACAAAGGGGUGGUGGUGUAUCUGCUUCAGAUGCACAAGGUGGGCAUCCCAUCGACAGAGCAGAGAAUUUUCACCUGUUUCCUGGACACAUCGCUGCGAUUGAUGGAAAUCCUGCACAUGGUGAAUGAAAGAGCCGCACACAUUAUACAGUACGAUAAAUUCUACAUUCAUGAGUUGGAUGACUUGAUAGACAUCAGAAAUGACUACAUCACUUGGAUUCAGGGACAAAUGUAUCCAGGGGGUCAUGACGGUGUAGUAACUUUGUGCAGGUAUCCCUUUGUAUUCGAUGCACCAGCAAAGACAACUCUGCUACAGACUGAUGCUGUCUUACAAAUGCAGAUGGCAGUGGAUCAGGCUCAAAUGCAAAACUUGAGUUCCAUGUUCUUGCCUGCCGUGGAAUCUGUAAACCCCUGCCUCAUCCUCAUUGUCCGGAGGGAAAAUAUAGUCGGAGACACGAUGGAAGUUCUCAGGAAAUCCAAGAAUGUUGACUACAAGAAGCCACUAAAGGUUAUCUUUGUUGGAGAAGAGGCGGUCGAUGCAGGAGGUGUGAGAAAGGAAUUCUUUCUCCUGAUCAUGAAAGAGCUGUUGGACCCAAAGUAUGGCAUGUUCCGUUACCACGAGGAGUCCAGGCUCAUCUGGUUCUCACGCAAGACCUUUGAGGACACUGACUUGUUCAACCUGAUCGGAGUUAUCUGUGGCCUCGCCAUCUACAACCUCACCAUUGUGGAGCUCAACUUCCCUGUGGCGCUUUACAAGAAACUUCUGAAGAGGGAACCCACGUUAGAUGAUCUGAAGGAGCUCAUGCCUGAUGUUGGGAGGAGUCUCCAACUGUUACUGGACUACCCAGAGGACGACCUUGAGGAAACCUUCUGCUUGAACUUCACAAUCACAGAGGAAAACUAUGGUGCCACAGAGGUCUUGGAACUUGUACCUAAUGGUGAAAACAUCAAUGUUAAUAAAUCAAACAGGCAAGACUUUGUCAGUGCGUACGUAGAGUACAUAUUCAACACCUCGGUGGCACCGCUCUUUGAGUGCUUCUAUGCAGGCUUCCACAAGGUAUGUGGAGGCAAAGUUCUGGAGUUGUUCCAACCCAACGAACUGCAGGGCAUGGUGAUUGGCAACACCAACUAUGACUGGACUGAGCUUGAAAAGAGCACUGAAUAUAAGGGAGAGUACUGGGCAGACCAUCCCACCAUUAGGAUAUUCUGGGACGUCUUCCACAACCUUCCUUUGGAGAAGAAGAAACAGUUCCUCUUGUUCCUGACCGGAAGUGAUCGUAUUCCCAUUUUGGGCAUGAAAAGCCUUAAACUGGUGAUUCAGCCAACCGGUGGGGGAGAACAUUACUUGCCCGUCGCCCACACCUGUUUCAACCUUCUGGACCUGCCGAAGUACACCAGUGCCGAGUCACUCCGGGAGAAACUUCUUCAAGCAAUAGAUCACUAUCAAGGCUUCAAUCUGGCAUAAGUUCACUGGGAAAGGUCUGGACGUCCAUGUCCAGACUGUCGACAGGUCUCCACAUUCCCAAAUGUCUCGCUUUGCAGACUGUUUGAACUGAGCACUGGUUGGAAAGAGUUCACAAGACACUAGAGGUCAUUAAGACUUAGCAUCAUAAACUCUUUUGUGUUACCUUGGGUUAUUUUUAGCAUUUUAUUAAGCUCCCAUAGCGUUUGAUGCCUUAUUACAAGGGGACUUACAUUUGAUAUUGCAACAAUGUGCUUUCAGUCAUGUUUGGAUAUGGCAACUACAAGGAAGCAAACUGCUGGUAUGUAUAAGACUUUCACACUAACAACACUGAUUGUCUUCAGCAAAAAAAAAAAAAAAAAAAAACAAGCAUCAGUGUUGGCAGAGUGAAUCACACUGCUAAAUGCAGGAGCUAACACAGUGCGCAUGAUGUGUGAUAGAGACAGUAUUAACCUUUUUACUUCACGUGUGUUUGAUAGAGUUGCGCUUUGGAGUGCAUUAUCUUGGCUCUGAGUCUUAAAAUGGUCAACAAAUAAAAGUGCUAGCCACUGACAUGUCAGGAGACAGUGUAACUGCA